CGGGCCGGGGCGGGGACCGCGGGCGGGCCGAGCCGUGCCGGGCUGGGCUGCCGCGGCGCGGCUCUGAGCGCAGGGCAGACCCCCGCCGGCAGCGGCAAGAUGUCGUGGCAUCCAAGGUACCGCAGCUCUAAGUUCCGCAACGUGUAUGGCAAAGCUGCCAGCAAGGAGAAGUGCUACGACUGCGUGCCCAUCACCCACAGCGUCCACGACAACCACUUCUGCGCCGUGAACCCCAACUUCAUUGCCGUGGUCACUGAGUGCGUGGGCGGUGGUGCCUUCCUCGUCAUUCCCAUCAAGCAGACAGGCAAGCUUGACCCACAUUAUCCCAAAGUAUGUGGGCACAAAGGAAAUGUUCUGGACAUCAAGUGGAACCCAUUCAAUGACUUUGUAAUAGCUUCAUGUUCAGAAGAUAGCACAGUUAAAAUAUGGGACAUCCCCAACCAGUUGUUAAAAAGAAACAUUACCAGUCCGAAGAAAGAACUUCUUGGGCAUGCUGGAAGAGUGAUCCUCAUUGAAUGGCACCCCACGGCUGAUGACAUCCUCUUCAGCUCUGGCUAUGACUACAAGAUAAUGAUCUGGAACCUGGAUGUCAAGGAGGCUGUCAUCUCAAAGCCAGUGAAGGUUCUUGACGCUCACGCGGAUGUGGUCCUCUCCAUGUCAUUCAACACAGACGGCAGUCUCCUUGCCACAGCCUGCAGGGACAGAAAGAUACGUGUGAUAGACCCUCGUGCAGGAGCAGUCCUACAAGAAGCCAGCUACAAGUCUCACAGAGUCAAUAAAGUGUUGUUUCUUGGAAACAUGAAAAAGCUGUUCUCUACUGGAACAUCUCGGUGGAAUAAUAGGCAAAUUGCUUUAUGGGAUCAAAAUGACCUUUCUGUGCCUUUACUGGAGGAGGAUCUGGAUGGCUCCUCGGGACUCCUGUUUCCCGUCUAUGACUCUGACACACACAUGCUUUAUGUGGUGGGAAAGGGUGAUGGAAAUAUACGGUACUAUGAGAUAAGCCCUGAGAAACCAUACCUGAACUACUUGAUGGAAUAUCGUUCUCACUUACCACAGAAGGGAAUUGGAAUGAUGCCAAAGAGAGGCCUUGAUGUGUCAUCUUGUGAGAUUUUCCGUUUCUACAAACUGAUUCCAACUAAAGGCCUGAUUGAGCCCAUCUCCAUGAUUGUGCCUCGACGGUCGGAAUCAUACCAGGAAGAUAUCUACCCCUUGACUGCAGCAGCCCAGCCAGCACUGACAGCACAACAGUGGCUGAAUGGAGUUAACAAAGGGCCUCUCUUGGUAUCCUUGAGACCAGGCUCUGGAGCUGUGAAUUCCGUACCACAGUGUCUUGAGCCAGAGCCACUCAUGAAAACUACUGAUCUGAGCCAGCAGCAGGGUUGGGGAGAAAGAAUGCCACUGGAGGACAAGCAGAAGCCAAGAGAGAUCGAAGAUGGCAGGAAACAGCUGAAAGUGGAGGAGAAAUCGCCAAAAAAUGAGCAAAUGUGCCUCUCCAAUUGCUUUGACAUAUUUGAGUGUCCACCACCAAAAACUGAAAAUGAGCUUUUACAGAUGUUUUACCGACAACAGGAAGAAAUCCGUAGACUACGUGAGUUGAUAAUCCAGAGAGAUGUCCAAAUUAAACAGCUGGAGCUGGAGAUCAGAAACGUCUGCACAGACACAGGCAGUAACUGAAAGUGCUGGACUGCAGCCUUUUGCACCCCUGGCAACUGGAGAAGAUUCCAGUUGCUGCCAAUAACUCCUCCUAGGUUUUUUACUGGGAGAAAAAUUGAUGCUUCAGGCAGCAUGGACUUCCCUGGCUUGUGGUGGUCACAUUUCCCUAAUCAUCACCAGACAGUUAUUGAUGGAUUUACUGCACUUCUUCAGGCUCCCCUUGCUUGCCCGCUCACUGAUGUCAGAAGCUCAUGUGUUAAUGCUAAUGAGAGACUUUGGAAAAUCUUGCUCUUCCGGUCCUGGAGAAGCUACAUGUUAAACUCUAGGAGCAACCUGUUUUGCUGCCAUUCCACAGGAGUAUGGGAGGCUGAAGGCAGCUGCCAGUUCUCCCAUGAUGGGACGCAGCAGUGUGGCUCCUGUGGCUGCUGUCCUCUUGCCCUGGGAGGCCACUCUCCAGCCGAACUUCACGGCAGGUCUAGCUCCAAAGUGAUCCUCAGGCACCCCUCUCACCUCAUGGCUUGGCCCUGCACCAGGUGGCUAGGCAAAGCCAUGGCUGCCCUGAUCUUGUGCUAGGGAUAGUCCUACUCAGAGUGGGAGCCUGCGCUGGGGGUGCCAAGGGCCAGCACUUUUUGUGAUAGGUAAAGGAGAGUUGGUGUUGGAGGUCCCACUUUAAAGGGUGGUGUUGUGGGCUAGUUCUUUCCAGAGAAAGAACUCUGUGUCCUGUGGGUCAGUGGCCUUCUUUUCCUCCUGCCAAAGACUAGCUGCAGUCAAUUGGGGGUCGUCAUAUAAAUGAGGACAACAUUUAAAGCUGCACGGUGUUGACAGCGGGGGAAUUUGCCAAGAGGGUUUAAAAGGAUGAGGGGGGAGUUGGACCCCCAACCCACUGCCGACCUUUCAGCAAUGGUGCUAGACGUGUUGUGUCAACCACGGGAAGAUCACGGGGCCGUGGCUAGUCAUGAAAAGCCCUCUGUGGUUGCUGGAGUAUUGCUUGUCCACGUGACUGCAGCUGCUGCCUCCUCAGCUCACAGGUGCCAGCACCUUGUCCCAUCCUUGCAGCCACCUACAGCAGCGGGGUCCUUCUUCCCAGCUGUGUUGUGCAUCCCCCUGCAUCCUCCCAGGCUGCUCUGGCUCCCCAAGGCCUGCAGCCACACUGACCUGUGCCCUUCAGCACCAGCUCUCUAGCUCUCUGCUAGACCUUAUGGAGAUGUCUUAAACCCAAGCAGAGCAAGCAACCGCUGUUUAACGUGUUAACUGUGCACCUCUGUUGUGGCACAUAGAAAUGAAUACUAUGCCUUGCUAGUUCCCUGAGGCCUACUGAUUACCCAAAAUCUAAAAAAAAAAUAAAUAAAAAAAUAAAAAAAAAAUAAAAAAAAUUAAAACCCCCUCCAUUUUCAGAAAUACCCACAAACAGGGCUCCUUAUCAAGGGGACUGGCUCUGCCAGGGGAGGUUUAGGUUAGAUGU